AUGAAUUAAAAUAACAACAAUCAAAAUUAGAACAAAUAGAAUCAAAGUCAAGACCCUUAGUUCAAAGAAGGAAUCUUUUCUAAAGUAACAAAGCCAGUUGGGAGACCAAAGCCUAAUUUAAACAAGAUACCAUAUAACUAGUGGGAUUGGAAAAUAAGUGAUCCUGAUUUUUAUGAGAGUUUUCAUAGAUUGCCGGACUCAAAGAUUCCUGAGAUCUAUAAUUAAGUAAAGUGGAAUAGAUAUAAUCAAUCUUUAUAUGCUGCCGAACCUCCUAAAAGACUUGAUUUUAGGCCUCAAACUGUCUGGAAAAAAAUGAAGUUAGAAGUAGUGCUGCUUGGAACUGGAAUUAUAUUGGGCUUUAUGUUACCAACAUUCAUUAGAUGGGGAAAGAAAAGAGAAUUGGAAAGAGAAUAGGAUGAUUAAAGAAGGCAAUAUCAGUAAAUGAAUAUGCAGGGUAAUCCUUAGAGAAUGGGAUCUGUAAGAAUAAACCAAAAUCUUGGGGGCUAUUAUAGUGAGAAUUACAAACCUGGCGAUAAUGGAGAAGAUCAAGCAAGCUUGGAAUUUGCUAACAGAGUAGCUUUGCUUUCUCAAGAGGAAAGAGAUAAGAGAGAACUAGUGGAAAAUGCUACUAAUCAGCCAGUUCAUGGUCUUGGUAGUGGAUACUUCAAAACAUGA